AUGGGCCCACUGAUCGAGACGUUGGAUCUACUCUCCACUGAUAGCCCAACUGGCGUUACCGGUUUGAACCAAUGUUCCAUACGAAAUGUCAUUAUUACCCUUCUCAAAUUUACCGCCCACUCAUGGACGGUUGGUAACACGGUUCCACGUACCAUCGUUCACUUUGUAUUUUCCCCGUAUAAAACCCGGAAACCGUCGACUCUCACCUCUGGAAGGCGUCUUCAUAAACGCCGCUCUAAUAUUAAGUUUCUAAUUCUCACCAAGGAUGUGAAUGCAGCUGUUGCCACCAUCAAGACUAAGCACACAAUCCAAUUUGUUGAUUGGUGCCCUACCGAAUUCAAGUGUGGCAUCAAUGUUGUUCCUGGAGGUGACCUUGCCAGGGUGCAAAGGGCUGUUUGCAUGAUCUCCAAUUCCACAAGUGUUGCAGAAGUCUUCUCCCGUAUUGAUCAUAAGUUUGAUCUCAUGUAUGCGAAGCGUGCCUUUGUGCACUGGUAUGUGGAUGAGGGCACGGAAGAAGGAGAGUUCCCUGAGGCCCGCGAGGAUCUUGCUGCACUGGAGAAGGACUAUGAGGAGGUUGGUGCAGAAUCUGCUGAAGGGGACGAUGGUGAGGAAGGAGAUGAGUAGUAUUGAUUGAGGACUUUUUGUGUGAUAUUAUGGCCAUUGCUAUGGUUGGGAUUGCUAAGCAUUUGCUACUAAAAGAGAAUUGAAAGUAUGGGAUUGAGUUUUAAGUUCAAUUUUUAUCGUUUCAAUUUGCUGCUUGC